CGUCGGUGCGCUGGGCUUCCUCGCUGACCGUCCGCAGGCACAGGCUCCUCCACACGUCGUUAUUCUCGUCCCCGUGCAGGCAGCGAUGCCAAUGCUUACACACCAGGCCGCAGCUCCGGAGGUCUGACAGCUCCAGAGCUCCUUUGAAGCGUUUGGAUGGAUUUCUCUGCCUUCUGUGAGGGUCCACACUGAGGAUUUAUCCUUGUUCAGGAGACAGAUCUAUAUCUGGUGCGAGUUGUAUUUGGGAAUGAAUAGCACAGACUCUUUGUGGGAAAUUAUCACGCCCGGCACUCCAGAAUUCUGGCUUCAAAAAGUUGCAGAAUAGAGCUUUGCUGGGAGCAGAAUAAUGGCUGCAAAGUGGGACUCUGGCCAUUCCAAUCCUGUGUUGAGCCUGGCAAUCAGCAAGGAGAGGGUGAUCGCUUCUGGUGCUGAAAGCGGAGAACUUAUCAUCUGGAGUGAGCAAGGAACUCCACUUGGCAAAUUGCAUCUGAAGGGCAAUGAAGAUGUAACUGGAGUUACAUUCUCCCCAGUUUCCUUUUCCAGGCUUUAUGCUGCUCACGGGGAGACUGUCAGUGUGCUGGACACCAGAGCGUUGGGGGAUCCUGUGGAGACCUUCAGCAUCAACAAAGAAGAGAUCAACUGCAUUUCUGUCAAUGAGACAGACAGUCUACUAGCGGCUGCUGAUGACUCUGGCACUGUGAAAGUCUUAGACCUACAGAGUAAGAAAGUCUGCAGGACCCUGCAGAGACAUACCAAUAUAUGCUCAGCCGUUGUUUUUAGACCUCACCGGCCACAAAGCCUUGUUUCUUGUGGGCUUGACAUGCAGGUGUUGCUUUGGAAUGUGCAGAAAGCAAGACCACUAUGGCUUACAAAUCUUCAACACUUGGCUCAAGAUGAAGAAGAUCUGGAUCUCCAUCAGUCCCCAGGUCAGCUCUUUAAUCCACCACUGGCUCAUUCACUUUCUGUGUCCAGCUGUGGAAAUGUGUUUUGCUGUGGUGCUGAGGAUGGGAAGAUUCGCUCAUUUCGGAUAACAGGAACUCGUUUUGAGGAGGAUCUCUGUUUUAAGGCUCACACUCAAGGCGUCUCUCAAGUCAGUUUUAUAGGACAAGAUUCUGGACAGACUUUGCUACUCUCUGGAGGCAAUGACGGAAGAGUGUGCCUUUGGAAUCUCCGAAAAGACGCUGUACAAGCUCAGAAACCGCAAAAACACCACCCUAAGAAGUCCUCAUCAAAACUUAAAGUGAAACAAAUGGCAGAGGCUUCUCCAAGAGUCAGUUCAAGCCUCUGCAUUGAACAUGGAGAAAAAGUGAACUGGAUUCUAGGAGCUGAACUUCAGGGGUCGAAAGUGGUUCUAGUUGCAGAUCCUAGCAAUGCCAUAUCUGUCUAUCAGCUGGGUGAGCUAUAGAUUGCUGAGGAACGCACAAAUUAAAGUUCUUCUACCACCAUUAAAUGGGUAUUCCGUUUAUGAGACGUUAUCCUCUAUCCCCAGGAUAGUGGAUAACUAUUAGGUGGGGAUACUACCGAUCACGAGGACCCCCAAACUCCGUCAAUUCCUCUGAGUAUAGUGCUGUACCAUCUCCAGGGCUCCCCUAGAAAUGAAUGGAGUUACUGCGCACAUUCCAGCUGCUCUGUUCAUUUUGGGGGGUACAGGGUCUUCAUUCUGUCCCAGCAGUAGGACCCCCACUGAUCUAAUAGAUUAACAUAACGGAAUACCCCUAUACCCCUUUAAGGUUUAAUAACAAUGGACAAACACGUAAUCUUGAUGGACAGAUGUGUUGGUGACCAGGAUCCACACUAUAUGCAGUGCCUUAGGCCUCUUUCACACAAGCAAGUUUUCUGUCCGGAUGCGAUGAGUGAAGUGAACACAUAGCAUCCGGGCUGAAUCCUGAACCAUUCAUUUCAGUGCGUCUGUACACAUGAGCGCAUCAUCUUUGCGUUCAGGAAAAAUAGCAGCAUGUUUUAUUUUAUUUAUUUUUUUUCACUUAGCCCUGGCUCCAUAGAAGUGAAUGGAGCUUGCGUGAAAAACUGAUUACAGCAUGCAAUGUGUUUUUCACUGAUGGUUACUAGGAGAUUUAGUUUGUUAUUCUUCAGUUUUUGUUUUAUUUCACGCACGGAAAUAACUGAAACACUGAACGCAAUUGCAGACAAGUCUGACUUAACUUGCGUGCAACGCCAUCAGUUUUUUUUCCUGAACAGAUGCUGACGCAGUCUGUAUCAUUUGUGUGAACGAGGCCUAACUGAACAAAUGCUAUAUAGAAGCUGACGCUUAACAUUUUUAUGGGGUGGAGCUUCAAGCAUAUAUAAAUUCUUCCUCAUAUGUUAGUAAAGCCAGUUAAAGGCUACACACCCCUUUGGGGACAUGUUAACAUAAAAAUAAUUUUUGUAAUAAGGUGUAAGGUUUGAUUAAAGAUGCGGCUUCUGUAACGUGUGUGUUUUUUACAGUACAUAACAAGCUGAGGGCUCACCUGAAGGCUUGUUCUCCAGCUCCUCUCUCUCCUGAAUGACCUUUGGUGUGGUCAGGGGACACGGGCCAUCAGCUGAGCUCUCUGCCCAAUUUGACUGUGAACAGCAUUUUGCAGCUUGCUUUAUAAUAUGAUACAUAGAAGCUGCAGAAGGCCAAAAAAAACAACAUUUUUGUUAAGACCCUAUUACAAAAAUUAUUUUUAGAUAAAAAUACAGGUGGCGAUGGCCUUUAAGCUGUUAUUUUGUAAUGUUUUAUUCUGGCAGUGCUUUAAAGGGGUAUUCCCAUCCCAUCUCAGACAAUUGGGGCAUAUCGUUAGGAUAUGCCUCCCAUUGUAUGAUAGCUGCGGAUGUCACCUCUCUGAAACGGAGCCUCGAAAGUCAUGGAGGGCGCAGCCACUGCUCCCAUUCAUUUCCAUGGGGCUGACAUACAUAGCCGAGCCAGCGCUCAGCUAUUUUCAGAGGCUCCAGCAGGCACCCUUCGUGACUUUCAUGGCCCUGUUUACAAGAGAGGUGCAGGUUCCACCUCUCUAUCAGACAAUGGGGGCAUAUCAUAGCGAUAUGCCCCCAUUGUCUCAGAUGGGAAUAUCCCUUUUAAUGAAUGUAUAUAUUAAAGACAGCUGUGCACUAUGUUCUUUAAAUAAAGAAAACGCAUAUAGCGAUUAUAAAUUUUAUAUAUAUAAUUAUGCAGCAUAUUUAUACUGGAAAGUUUACUUACUGGUACUGAAAUAUAUUUAAAUCAAUUAAAUCUUCAUUUUCAGGUGGAAGAUCAUCCUGGUAGUUUGGUUGCCACCUAUACAAAUCUUCACAAGGGCUGCUUCUAUGCUUGGGGUACUUUGUUUACACUGACCCGUUAUCUGUCAGAUUAUCAGAGAAUAGCUUUUGUAUGAACACUCGUUCCCAAUAAUCUGACAGAUCAUCUCUAUGUGUAAAAGGACCCUUAAAAGGGUUGUCCCAUCUAGCAAUUUCAUACUCACCUGCUGCGAGCUGCGCUGUUCACUUCCUGGUUUCUGGCUUGUGAGCACGCCGCCACGCAUGUGCCAUGGUGACUUCUUCCUGGCUAGUAUAGUACAGAGUCAUGAAUGAGCACGCCGCCACGCAUGUGCCAUGGUGACUUCUUCCUGGCUAGUAUAGUACAGAGUCAUGAAUGCGCACGCCGUCGCCUGCAUAAUCUGCAUGUGUAAUAUAAGCUUUAGUGUGAGAGCUCUUUACUGAUUCAUCCCUCAAGAGCACUUAAGCUUGAAUUUGGUUAAGAAAUUCUCAUGAAACCAAAUCGGUACAUUGUGACAUGCUAGCAAAACUCUGAACAGACUCCAACUUACAAAUUAACCACUGGCUUGCUGCACAUAUAGGAUAGACAUCUAGUGACACAUUAUCUUGAAAUGAUGUUUUGAAAAGCUGGUCAUCUUGUGACGCACACAUAGGGACUUGUGCAGCCAAGGAAGGACACAUCUGUAUUUGUCCUUUUUAGGGCUCAUGCACAC